AGAGCGAGUAAGUCCACGCUUACAUUGCAAAUGAACAGCGCGAAAUCCUCACCACCGCAGCGGAGGCAACCUUGAGCGACGGAGGAUUUUAUCAUUAUUUUUGCAUCUCCAUUUCAAAGAGCAUUACUUUUUUUGUUGACUGUAACAUAACAGUGAAGAACGGACUGGUUGAGAUCACUUAAAUACUUUUUGUGAAAGAAAAACCUUAAGGAAUAGGCAAACGGCACGUUUAACUUGUCGCGCAAAGGAGGACUUCGGUGUCUUGGUUAAUACGACUUAUUUGGAAACAUAAACUUCUUGCAUCGAGCCGAAAAUCAACUGUGAUAUCACGGACGUUAAGUUUUGAUCAAUAAUUUUACUAACCAAGCAAGGAUGACAAUGUUCCUCUUGACUUUCCUUCCAGACUCGCGUCGUGGUGCCGCGUUUUCGGAGUGGAGAGAAAUCAACAAAAGUCAUUCAACGAAAACAUACGUUUGAAGCAACUAUCUGUGGUGUGGUGUUUUCGGUUAUGUUGUAGGAUGAGCACUGAUCUGGAGCGCGUUUCACUCAAUACACCAGUGAACUCGGCAGGCUUGGGUGGCCGCGCGCUCUCAGCCAAUGUUCGGAAGCUCCACAACGCUCUCAACCUACUGCUCAACGACUUUGAGAGGGAGCAGUUUAUUCAUUGUCUCAAUGUUUAUCACGCCAAGCGCAACGUUUUUGACUUGGUUCAAACUCUGAAAGUGAUCCUAAACACGGCAAACAAACGUCAACUACUGCCCAUGUUGCGUUUGGUCAUUCCACGUUCAGACCAGCUACUGUUCGACCAGUACACGUCUGAGGGGCUCUACCUAAAGACGGAUCUGCUUGCAAGCAGUAGCAAUAACACAGAAAACUCUUCUGAAGUGGGCAAUGCAAAUCAUGUCCCAAUUCCCACGACGCACUUUGUUAGUCCGCAUGAGCAGCCUUGCCACGCAUCGCCAGCUGCGUGUCCUGAUGGUUUCAGCACCACGGCUGAAGGGACAGCUCCCUUGGCCCAACAUCCCGGUUACGCACUCAUGCAGGAUCCCUACGGAGAGAUCCGUCAAGUGACCCUGAGGCGCAGCAAGAGCCAAGAGGGUUUAGGGUUUAGUAUCCGCGGAGGGGCCGAGCACGGUGUGGGAAUCUAUGUGUCCUUAGUGGAACCUAGAUCGUCAGCCGAGAAGGAGGGACUGAGGGUCGGUGAUCAAAUAGUGACAGUUAACGACAUGGUGUUUGACAGAGUCACACAUGUCGAGGCCGUCAAGGUUCUGAAAGGCUGUAAGAAGCUGGCCAUGUCGGUGUGUUCCGUGGGCCGUAUUCCCGGGGGAUACAUAACCAACCACAUCUACACCUGGGUGGAUCCCGAGGGACGAAGCGUGUCCCCUCCCUGUGACCUCCAGGAGGCACGGCCAGACAGCCUGAGACGAGGACACUCACUGGAGGGCAUGGAGAGAACGGUGAGCCUGAACCUGGAUGACGGGCGUUCUCUGGGCCUGAUGAUCCGAGGAGGGGCUGAGUAUGGCCUAGGCAUCUACAUCACUGGAGUGGACCCUGGAUCAGCAGCAGAUGCGGGGGCGCUGAAGGUGGGCGACCAGAUCUUGGAGGUGAACGGGCGGAGCUUCACGACCAUCCCCCACGAUGACGCCGUGCGCGUCCUGAAGACGUGCCACCGCCUGCUGGUGCGGGCGCGGGACGUGGGCAAGCUGCCCCACGCCCGCACCGUGGUGGACGAGACCAAGUGGAUCACCAGUCCUUCCAUCGCGGAGAGCACCGCCGGCACCACCAUCACUAAAGCCCGAACUUUGUCGGGCCGGGCUACACCUGCGUUAGGAAAGUCUGUGUGUCGGGGUGUGGGCCCUCCGGGGACCCAGGUGUCUCUAGAGGAGCAAGCCUUCCUGCUGCUGACUGACCCAGAGAGACAGACCAUGGGCUACUAUCUCCAAGAGUACCAGGGGGGCAACAUAGGAGUGGAGCCCCUGGCUAUGGCCCUGUUUGAGCUCUUCAACACCCACGCCAAACUGUCCCUGCUGUCCGACGUGAGGAGCCUGGUGGCUCCCCAGGACCUGGACCUCUACGAUGGGCUGGUGCUGCGCCGCGAGAGGGAGGCACUGAGGGCCUGGCAUGGAGGCCUGGGAGUGGGGCAUCCACGGAGCCGCUGCCCGCACGAGGCUUCGCCCGGCCAACAGACCCCGGCUAUGAACGAAUGCUCACAUGGCAGCAGCAAACAGGUAGAGCCGCAGGAAACUGCAAACACUAUUCCGGAAAUUUCCUUGAACGAAGCAAAGACCACAGCUGAGUCCCCCCCAUCUUUCAAGCCCCCGCCCCCCUCUUCCCAGGCAAGACCUCCCCCCUGGGAGAGAGAGCUUUGCAGGCGGCCUUCAUCCAGGCAGGCCCAGUCGGGCCUGGUCUUUACUGCCCCCACCAGGCUGCACCAGGAACAGCACCACAAGUCCGUCAAGUCCCUCGGCUCCACCAGCCGCCAUAACUCCCCCACCUCGGGCCAGCACGCCUGCUCCAACGCCGGCCUCCACAAGUCCCACGGCUCUCUCCAGCACUCCUGUCAGGGCUCCCACCAGCACUCCAGCCCCGCCUCCAACUCUGACCCACACCACCAGCACCCCCACCACCACCCUCACUCCAGCCGGCCCGGCUCCGGGCACCACACCUGCCCAGGCUCUCUCCACCACAGCUCCUCCUGCUCUGCUCCCCCCAGGGAGACCCCCGCCAAGCCCCCCGUCCGAUCCUGCUCCUACGAGAAGUCCAACACAGCCAUGGGCGCCAACUCGCCUCGGGCUGGCUCCCCUUUCCCCUCCCCCUCCCCCUCCCCGUCCCCCUCUCAGUGUCCCUCCCCCUGCCCCUCCGUCUCGCUGCCCGUGCCCCCCCCCUGCACCCCAGAGCGCCCCUGCUCCCCCUCCCUCAGCCAGCACUGUGUCAUGGCCGACGUGCACAGGCUGGCUGCUGACUACAGACAACAGCCUGGUCAGCGAGGGGCCACUCUGUCCCAGCUGUCAGACAGCGGUCAGACUCUCAGCGAGGACAGCGGAGUGGACAUCGCGGAGGCCGGAGGCCUCAGUAAGGACAGCAGCCCUCGGCCCAGUAAGAGCCAGGCCCACCAGGCCCCCCAAGGGGCCCAGGCACCUGCAGGACCCACCUCCCAACAGUGCGGCGCGCCCGUCGUGACCGCUACCCUGGUACGCGUGGUGAAGAACGCAGACACCCUGGGUAUCGCCAUCGAGGGAGGGGCCAACACUCGCCAGCCCCUCCCCCGCAUCGUCACCAUCCAGAAGGGGGGGUCAGCCCACAGCUGUGGCCAGCUGAGGGUGGGCCAGGUGAUCCUGGAGGUGAACGGGGUUUCCCUGAGGGGCCGGGAGCACAGGGACGCCGUCCGCAUCAUCGCCGACGCCUUCAAGACCAAAGAGAGGGAACACGUCGACUUCCUGGUGGCCGAGUUCAACUCGGCGUAUCUGCAGGGCCUGUGGCAGGACAACGCGCUUUAAAGUCGCUUGGGUACGGAGAACAUGCCCCGAACGCGGUGUGUCGAAUCAGGAAGACCCUCUCUUCCCAUCUCCCUUUUCCCCUCCCUUAGAUCUCACCCUUCACGCUUUAGGACGCCGAUUAAAUGACGUAAACUGUCAAAGCCGAUGCGGUAGAAAAUCCCCUCACCUGUUUAAUUAGAAGAAGUUUGGGGCUGAGAGGCAGCAGAUGUGAUGGGAUACUGGGCACCUUGGCGCUGUGCAGCUGCUAUCAGUAGGGGUACAGAGACACGGCCUAACUCGCACCCCCGUUCCUUGCCUGUCUGUUCCGUAGAGAUCUGUCAUCAAAACAAAGCAUGAUUUGCCUUAAGAGGAACCCCAUCAAUAUAGACGAAUGACACUGAAUUGACCUUUUGAAAUAAUGGAUACACUUAAGCUAGCAUCUGACUUCGUACCUUCUAUCUCCAUUUAGAUUUGACAUUUGAAGAGGUUGCCUUUUGUGAAGUGGUUCAACCAAGAUGGUGCUCUGACACAGGCUGCAUAGACACAAUGUCAAACUAUACCUUUAUAUCAUCUCGACUAAAAUAUCUUUUGUAUAGCUUUCUUAUUGUUUUAUUAACAUAUUCACCCACUGUAUAUAAUAAUAUUGUACAGUAUUUAGUUUGGAGUCUAUUAAGAGUCCGGGGAUUUUGAUUUCUAAAGCUAGCGAAUAUGAGAUUCACAUUUUUAAAUGGGCUGUUAGCUGGCAUUCAAUGUUUUCAUUAUAUCAUUUACAGUUUGGAUCGAGUCAACAUUCCUCAGCUAUUGUUUCAUGUCUAUAGUUCUUAUAGGAAUGAGACUGUAGAAACGAAUGUGCCAAAUGGGUGAAUUAAUAUCCACAAACACAGCCCACAGAUCCAUGCAAACACAAACACAAUCAGUCAGAACUUGCAUAUUCACUGGCACUGUUCACAACUCUAGUCAGACUAAAAAUAGUAAAGGGGAGUCAGAGAAUGAGAGAGGGAUAUUUUCCAGUUGGCUGUUAAUGCAUUCAUAAGAAGUAUAUCAAUUAUUGCUAAUGAGCUAGGAGGACAAGUUAAUAUGAAAUGGAUAUUAAAAUGGCCACACUGCGUGUGUGGGACAUAUUGUACUGCACUUUUAUUCUGUGUGUAUGAGUGUACAGGCUAGCAGUGUGUGCUGAUGGUGUGUUGUACGAUGGUGUGUUGAAAGCCUACCUUCAGGGACUCUUGAAAUGUCAGUUGAUUCCCAACUGAAGUCUCAGCUCUGCGAGUGACACUGUCCUCGAAUUAUGAAAUAUUUAUGAUCAAGAAGGUUUACAGUCAAAUGGUAUUUUUAGAAAUUGUAAAGAUCUGUUGAGAUUUUGUCAACUGUCCUCAAAGUGUUGCUUAUUUUAUCCAUGUAAAGUAUAGAUUCCCCUUGUAAAUAUAUGUAUAGAUAUAUGGAUAUAUAUUCAGUAAAGAGAGAGAAAUGUCAGUGCCACACAACUACUCAAGAAUAGAAUCCCUUUCACUGAAGGCUGGUUCCAAAAGUCCCUUCACUUUCUGACAAUUAUGUAAAAGGUCAGACUGGAAUGGUUUUAGAAUCUACAUUUAAAUACAUAGAGUUGUCUAAAUCAACACACAUCCAAAUGUGGGGAUUUGUUGGGUGAAAAUGGGAAUAUUAUCAUCCUGACAGGAACAAUUGUCAGUAACUAUGUAUAAGCUUUCAUUCUGUUGUACAGUAUUCUCCUCAUUGUGCAGUAGAUCUUGAUGCUAUUUUACACAAUUGUCUCUAUUGUGUCAGAUUUGAAAUAACAUUGUAGAGCUACAACUGUCAGCAUAUCAGACACAGUUACACCAAGUAUAUUCUAUAUACGUACGACAGCCUUUAAGGAGUGAAAUUAUAACCAAAUGCCAACUGCACUAAACGCUUGAUAUAUGUUCACCUGAGUCCUACAAGGAAAUACCUUUAAUAAAGAUUCAACAA